CUAUCGUCGUGUUUCGUCAUCGAAUUCAAGUGGUCAUUCUGAGAAAGACCACGCUCGCUCAGAAGAAUUUUCUUGAUAAAAACUGAUCCUGCGAAAAUUGAUUCUUUGCAGGCACGCAUGAUAUGUAUGUACUCUGAAAAAAGAAACCAGCAUCAAAAAACAGCGGGACUGGGCACCCAUUCUAUCGCAUGCGUUUGUAAAGCGUCCCAUUCUUGGUGCGGUGGAAAAUACAAACUCCGUCUCGCACAACCGGCCAACGCCAAACUAACAUGUCGUCAAGCCCUCGCGGCCCUGCGCAGCCGGUGUUUAGCCGCCGUGGGGCGAGUCACCAGGUCAGCGAUCCGGGUUUGCUACGAAGGGGGUUGAAAAACGUGAUACAGGUCCAGCCGGAGCAAUCACCAAAGUUUGGAAGCAGUGGUGCGGAGCAACAGGUCUCAUCUGCUCUUUGAUGGUUGUUCUGUAUAAUUUAUCCGACGACCACUGUGCGUGCGCAGCACUCUUUAGAAUUUCAAGUAUGCAAGUACAAGUUAGCUGCGCAUAGAUCAAUUUACCAUUGACACCAUCACCAGCAGGCAGGGGCACGCAUCAUAAAAAAAUCAAAUCAAAAACUACAGGAUUCAGCAGGAGAACAGCUCGACCCACAGGUCAAUGGCGACCCGGACGCCACCAAUCCUGACGUCAACGAAGAAGACGUCCUCACACUAGACCCCGAAUUGGCGAAAAAGCAGAUCAAAGCGGGUUUCUCCCAACCUCCCCCGGACACGAGUUCCGUGCCACCACCGACCUCUACCGGCGCAACCCCGAGCGCGUCUUCCACCGCGGGCAAGAAAAAAUCACAACCAAAGGACCCAAAUGCAAGUUUCGAGCCGUCGGACAGUUUUUUGCAAGACCAGCAAGAGGAGGAAAACCGGGACAGCUAUUUGGACCGAGAAUUCCUGGAAUCGGCCAUAAGCACCUACAAUAGGCUAGCCGAGCACGCACGGAACAAGCAGCACUACAAGCUCGGGAUAUCGCACUUGAGGCGGGCAUUGUCGCUGGAGAAAUCUGGAGUAGUACCGCCAGACGACUGGCCGUUGAAGGUGCUACUGGCGAAGACACAGGUAGGGAGAUGGGGAGUUGAUGAUGUGUUUCUGUUUCACGACGAAGGUACUGAAUGCAUGAAAUGUAGUCACAGGUAGUGAGUACGAAGUUUCUCAAGCAUGAAACAUGUGCCAGAUCACGAAGCUUGAUGUUUCAGAACGAAAAAUAGAAAAUACGAUCACCAUGAUGUGCAAAAGAAACCCAUGUACACGUUCAGGUAAAUGUCGCCACCCUACAGUACCUUCUGAAUCAGCCCCAUGAGAGCUUGCUGGAAGCAGCCUUAGCACGGGACCGCAGUCUAGAAUGUUUGAAUUACUUGGACAGCGAAGUUUACAGUGCGAGGAAAGGCCAAGAGGUAUAAAGAAAUUGGUUUCUAUUUCUCUUGGCUUUGCAACUGCCACUUCCUUCGGAGAGGCGCACUGGAGCUGCAGCCCUGGUUUUGGUUCAUGUCCAAAAUGAUUUUUGGAAGUAGAUGUUGUUUAAAUGGUGCAAAACGAAUUGGAAUUCCACAGGACCCCGACCUCCUUUUUCUCCUAGAAGAAAGCGCGGUGACGUUUUGCCUCGCUCUCCACAGCGCAGCCCUGGCGAUGAAGCAGCUCCCGGGCGCAGACACCGCGGGAAUAACGGAAGUCGACCGGCUCGCGUGGAAGAUCGGCACCAAGUACCUCGACCGCGGACAUCCGUGCCUGAGCUUCAUGCGCAAAGCAUUCGAGACGCGAAACACGCUGCCGCCAGAGGAGACCGCGGCGUUUGUUUCGCCACAAGGGAGUAACAAAGACGGCGCGGGACCAGGGGAUGGUGGAGAUGAAAGUCAGAAGGACAUUACGCAAGAUAAGCAGGCAGCCCAGCAAGACAAGGAAAAAGUAGACCCAGACGCAGCGGCCAAACAGGACCAAGCGGACGAGAAUCAGCAGGAGCAGAAAAGAAAAAUGCUGAUCAGCGAGCUGGAGGAUUUGCAGCAGUAUUUACGCGACACGGUGCUGUCGGACGAGAAGGAACUGAACAGCAUCUGGGACGACAUCCAGGUAGUAAAGCAGAAGGCCGUGAACUUCGAACUCAACCUCCCCGAAAUCGCGACGCUCGAAGCGGAGGUGCUCCGCAGUAAGCGCCGCAUGGCGCUCAGCACCGGGUCGGGCAGCAUGCUGGGGCACAUCGGAAAGUCCGCCUCCUCAGCGGACCUGCAGAAGGGCAGUUCUUCGAGUUCCUUGGAAGCGAAUAAAGGCGCAUCCUCAGGCGGCGAGGGCGGUGCGGGGCCGGCGGUUGGAAAGAAAACAGCGGGGCAGAAAAAAAAAAGAUCAAAGUCAGCAGACAGAAGUAGUGGGGGUGGCAGACUAGGCGCGUAUUGUUUUUGUGUAAUUGAUUUGGAAUAAACACAAAACUGCACGAUCGUUUGGUGCAUUGUGAACUGAGUCUGUUGCAGAACAUCGUGCUGCAGCUCUUUAUCGUGAUGAUGCAGUCCUCGAAUUUUUUGGUUCCUCCACAUUCAUUAAAGAAUAAAACUGAAACAGCACCACCCGCAUGGAUCUUCCUGAAAUGCGUCGUCAGCGCGAGAACCUGAAGCACGAGAAGACAAUAUCGCGCCUUAUCACCCGCACGGCGGACGAGCAGUAUCUCUACGAGGUCCGCAUGAGUUACUCCAAGGCAAAAGCGACGCCCAGCAAAUCCCGCCCCCAAUUGGCCGCCAGUGCACCCGGUGGGGCUGGGCCGCACGGGGGUAAGGGGGGAGCUCAGGACGCGGCGGGGAAGAAAUACGAUCUGAAGAAAGACGUGAUAAGUCUGACCGGGAUUCUAAAGCACGAACACGAGACCCUGCUGACCUGGCAUCCGCAAGGGAAGGAGAUCGCUGCUAGGUAUAGUAGUGCUUCGGCAUUUUUUUCUCAAGUGUCGUUCUGCUGGAUUGUGCUUGUGGUUUGCGUGUGAAGUGGACGAGCAGCUGUUUUCUAAUGUGGAACGAGAUAGAGCUCCUAAAUUUUAUCGAAAAAGAAAAUGUGUCAAAUGUCUCUCUGAUCGCGACCACUACAGUCUCGAUCCGAGUUACGCGGAGCGCCAAACACUGAACCGGGCAUAUGCGGAUUAUGCAAAGAAAAAAGUGUUGCAGUUACACGCAUAGGUCGUUAUGCAGGCCAUGCAUAAGCAAGACAGAAAAUAGCCUUGGUCAUGCCAAAAAUGCUUGUCACCCUCAAUUCAUACAUACGUGUUUUCCCUUACAUUCUCUACAGCAUUUCCAUUUUGAAUUUUCGCUGGCAUGCAGGGAAAAUCUGUGUUGCUGAAGUUGCAACUACAAAUGUGCAACUGUAACACUGUUUCAUCGGGAUACCGAUAGCCUGGGUUCCCUUGCGCACAAGGGACGCACGGAGGCCAUCGUGCGUGUGUCCAAGAUGAAGGGUAAGGCCCACGUGCUCGCCAAACAUGUAGCCGGAAGUCCGCUCCGGCGUAGAAGCGGGGCCAGUAACGCGUCCUCACCGGGCGGGGGGAAGUGAUGGAAUUAUGGUGGCUAGUGCGAGCAAUGUUCUUGUUCGAACGUAGGAGCAAAGCAAAAUGCAAACGACGAUGUGGUCAGGGUUACGACCUCGUCUGAAAAAUAAAUGAAAAUUAACCUCGAAUUCGAAAAUGUAAAAUCUAUACCUCAUCCGUCAUACCUUUACCUUUUCAAAACAACGUAGAGAGCCUCUGAAUUCUUCAGCCAAGGCAACGUUUUCACCUUAUUUCAUUUCAAGACAAAAGCAAAAACAGACCAGACAACAGCAAGCAGACGUGUCUUAUGUCUGGAAAUCAUUGACAAAUCUUCCUUUUUGAAACAUCCUUAUAAGCAAAAGCACAAACAAGCACAAGCUCAUGUAGCUGUGGAUAGAAGCAAAUAAGAUUGAAUUAGCACCAGCACUAAUUGAAAUUUCCUGUACACACCAGUCUCAACUUGCGAACACUUUUUGUACAAUCAUCCUACUUUUCCUUCGGUAUUUCAUCUGCAUCGCGAAUUGCUGUUGCCAGUGCAACAUCCAACAAGGACAGAGGUCAUGCAACAACCUGCAAGGAGAAGGACACCAGAAUCGUAAGCAGAAGUACCUGACGAGAACGGAAGAGAAGUUUGGAAAGAAAGCACAUCGCAAUUAU